CUCUCUCUCUAUCUAUCUAUGUGGAGAUUUUGUUUGAGAAAACUAGGAGCUUGGGCUGCUGAAACUUGGUGAUUUCGUGUUUGUCUCCGUUGUCCCUUGGGUUCUUGUUCGUCGACUUUGGAUUGCUUGGCGUGGCGUGUUGAGGCGUGGGUGGUCUCUGCAGCAAGGAGGCGUUUCCCGAUUCCGCCGUUUGUUUCCGCUAAUUUAUUGCUUUUCGUCCUUCUGCGUCUGUAAGGCAGAGAUGAAGCUGGAUGUGGAUGUUUUGAGAUAUCUGUCCAAAGAUGACUUUAGAGUUCUCACUGCUGUUGAAAUGGGGAUGAGAAACCAUGAAAUCGUCCCUUCCGAGCUUGUGGACCGUAUCGCUUCUCUCAAGCAUGGCGGUACGUACAAAGUUUUGAAGAACUUGCUUAGGCACAAAUUGGUACACCAUGACUCUUCCAAAUAUGAUGGGUUUCGGCUCACCUACCUUGGUUAUGAUUUUCUUGCGAUCAAGACCAUGGUUAAUCGUGGAGUUUUUACAGCCGUUGGUCGUCAAAUUGGGGUCGGAAAGGAGUCUGAUAUCUUUGAGGUUGCCAAGGAGGAUGGUUCCAUCCUUGCUAUGAAGUUACACAGACUUGGUAGAACUUCUUUUAGGGCAGUUAAAUCCAAGCGUGAUUACUUGAGGCAUCGAAGAAGUUAUAAUUGGCUCUAUUUGUCAAGACUUGCUGCACUUAAAGAGUUUUCUUUUAUGAAGGCCUUGGAAGAGCAUGGUUUUCCAGUCCCUGAUGCUGUGGACUGUAAUAGGCAUUGUGUGGUUAUGUCACUCAUCCAUGGAUAUCCACUUGUGCAGGUACGCGAAUUGCAAAGCCCAGAGGUGGUUUUCGAGACAAUUUUAGGUCUCAUUGUUCGCCUGGCAGAACACGGCCUCAUUCACUGUGAUUUCAAUGAAUUUAAUAUCAUGAUUGAUGAUGAGGAGAAAGUUACCAUGAUUGAUUUUCCUCAAAUGGUUUCGGUAUCACAUCGCAAUGCACAGAUGUACUUUGAUCGCGAUGUUGAUUGCAUAUUUAAGUUCUUCAGCAAGAGGUUUAAUCUCUCUCUCGAAGAGCAGAUUGAUAAUCCUGAUAAUUCAGAGGAAGAUUCGGAAGAAAGCAGUAGACCUUGUUUUUCUUCAAUAAGCAAAUCUGUUGGUUUUCUGGACAAAGAACUUGCUGCUAGUGGGUUUACUAGAAAAGAGCAAGAUGAUAUGGACAAGUUCGUUGAAGAAGGGAAGGAUGAGGACAUAUGUUCUGAUGAUGAAGAAAAUAGUGCUGGAAUGGAUGAAACCAUUGUGAGAGAUGUUGACUCUUUGCAUCUGCUGGAUCAGCCAGGGAACAUUAUAGAAGGUAAUGAGGAAAAAAAUGAAGAAAACAGACAGAGCUGUGAAGGACAACUCAGCGAACCUUGUGGUGAGGUACACUACAAUGAGGAUGAAAGUGAAGAGAAUGAGAAUGAUGCUGAGUUGGUAAAGCGCCUGAACAAGCAGAGACGGCGAGCAAUUGCUGCUGUACAUAGAGGAGGGAAGACUAUUGCUUCUAGAAAUUCUUACAAGGACAAAGGUGGAAGGUCAUCUCAUAAUUCCAAAAUUCAAAAGCAAUUAAGCUCCUGGUAGUGCACAUGGAAGAAUUCAGCAGCAUGUAGGGGCUGUAGGAAGGAGUGAGUUUAAGACUUUGUAUUAUAGCAUAUUUCGCUAGGAAAGAUAAAGGAGAAUUUUGUGUAUCGGAGGUAUAGAUAGGUGGCUAUUUUGCUGCAGAAUAUGUAUAAUAGUCAGUUACCUUCACUAUGCUUAUGUCUGAGCUGUUGUCUCAAACCGCUUUCUUGAUUGGUCAGGAAAAGGUUAAUUUAAUGGGUAAUGGUUGUUGAAUCAUGCA